CAUGGAUAGAAUAAUCUGCUAACAUCGGGAAGAGCCGAAAAGAGGGUUGAAAAGUGGAUGUGUUGAUGCGAGACAAAUUGUUUUACAGCCAGAAAUUUGUUCAGCUUAAAACGUUUCUGUAUUAUCGUGGAGCUAUACGGGAAUUGGAUUAUGGGAAUGCAAUAAAAUGGAAUGUCUGCUGGCAUAGUUAAAGACCAGCUUUCUGGUGUUUGUGGAGCUUGUCCAGGAGAAGAGAAUCAACCAUGGACGCAGAUGAGUUUCCUCCCCCACCUCCUGAAAUGUUAGCAGACAAUGUCCCAUUUGAUGAUGAAGAUGAAGGAGAACCUUUCGACUUUGACAGUGGCGAUGACAUCCCUGAGGCGCCUCCAGCGCCUCCUUGCCUCCCCAGUGAGGAUCCCAGCCAGGCAAACUCUGUGACCAGUCAUCCUGAGGGCUCUUACAGCAUCUUGGGCCCUCCACCGCAGUUCUCCAACUCGGCACCAACAUCAGAAGACGCUGCAGUUGCCAUAAGCAAACCCUCCUCCGCAGGCAGAGAAACAACAGAAACUGAAGAGACAUCUGUUGCUGAGGGAACUAAUGACAGGGAAGAGGAUUUACCACCACUACCGUCUCCACCUCCUCCUUUUGGUUAUGGCAUACAGACAGAUCCCAGAAGCACAGACACUGACAUGGAGAGUGCAUGUCUGAAUGACCCACACCCUCCACAGGGUUUGCCCAGGACUUCCUCUCAGAGUAAAGUCAACCCUUACUCUGUGAUUGAUAUCACUCCCAUUCAGCUGCAGCAAGAGCAGCAACACGGACCCUCCUCUUCCACUUCCUCACCAAGGGAGUCGAAUGUACGAGAGGAAGAGGGCCAGGAUAUCCACACCAGCUCAUCCAGCAUUACUUCAGGAUACUCUGUGCCUGUGCCAUGUGGCUAUGCAACCCCCUCUGGUGUACCGCUCAUCACACCUGCCUACACCACACCCGUCAUCAUUCGACAUCUCUCCGUGGAUGAAGAUGUGACAGUAGUUGGGACCAGCAACACCUCUGCUGACAGUGUUUUCAGUGAAGAGUAUCCAGCUAUUGCAGAGGAAGAUGCUUUGGCUAAAUGGGCGUCAGAUCCUGCAAACACUGCUUGGAUGGAAAAUCCAGAUGAGGUGAUCUACGAUGAUGUCCCCAGAGAAAAUUCAGACUCUAACACAGAUCCAGAUGAGAUGAUCUAUGAUGAUGUGGAGCUUGGCGAGGAGGGCGGCUGCAGCAGCUCCCUCGAUAACGGCUGGAGCUCGAGUGAGUUUGAAAGCUAUGACGAGGCGAGCGACGGGGAGGGUCGUCCUGAGAAUGGCCUGCCCCACGCAUUCAUGAGAGGAAAGCCACCACAAAGGAAAAUGCAUCUCUCUCAAGAUCUGACACGCUUGAAAGAACACUAUGAGAAAAAGAUGAAAGAGCUAAUGGCAAGUACAGUGGGAACUGUAGAGCUGCAGCAGUUAAAACAGAAACACGAGCUGAAGAUGCAAAAGCUGGUGAAGGCAGCUAAGGAAGGGACGAAAGAUGGGCUUGAGAAAACUAAAGCUGCAGUGAAGAGGGGACGUUCUUUCAUCAAAACAAAGUCAUUCUGUCAAGAGAGAAAGUUAACUUGCUUUGAGGAUGAGUCUGAGGUCUUCAUCGAGGUGGACUGCUUCAACGUUGAGCCUGUGCUUCCACCAGCUCCAGAGGGUCUCACGCAGCAACAGCUUGUGCGGCGAUGUAUAUUGGGCUCUAUAUUAGAUAGUGAGAAGAACUAUCUCGAUGCUCUCAAAAGGAUUUUAGAGCAAUACGAGAAACCCCUUUCCCAGAUUGAGCCCAGGCUGCUCAGUGACAGGAAACUGAAGAUCAUCUUUUAUCGUGUGCGGGAGAUCCUGCAAUGCCACUUCCUGUUCCAGAUUGCACUGGCAAGCCGUGUGUCCGAGUGGGACAGCCUGGAGAUGAUCGGGGAUGUUUUUGUGGCAUCGUUUUCUAAAUCCAUGGUGCUGGAUGCCUACAGCGAGUAUGUUAACAACUUCAGCACAGCGAUGGCAGUUGUAAGGAAGACGUGUGCCUCUAAACCGGGCUUCCUGGAGUUCCUCAAGCAUCGUCAAGAAUCCAGUAGUGACCGCAUGACUCUUUAUGGCCUGAUGAUGAAGCCCAUUCAGAGAUUCCCACAGUUCAUUUUGCUUCUUCAGGACAUGCUGAAGAACACACCGGUGGGUCAUGCAGACCGUCUCCCCCUGCAGAUGGCCCUGACUGAGCUAGAGACCUUGGCUGAGAAGCUCAAUGAAAAAAAGAGGGAAGCUGACCAGCGCUGCGAAAUCCGUCACAUUGCAAAGGCCAUGAAUGAACGCUACCUUAAUAAGCUUCUGAGUAACGGUAGCCGCUACCUGAUUCGCUCAGACGACAUGGUGGAGACUGUUUACAAUGAGCGUGGUGAAAUCAUCAAAACGAAAGAGCGACGUCUCUUCCUGCUAAAUGAUGUCCUGAUGUGUGCCACGCCCAAUAUCCGUUGCCAGGAUGGCAGUGGGAGUGGCUGUGGAAAUGCUCCACUUGACCAGAAGUUUCUCCUGAAGUGGAGUGUACCUUUAAACUUUGUAGAAGUGCUGGAGUUUGGAUCCAGUGAGGAAAUGGUCGAUAAUAGCCGAUACCCUGCUCCUCACUCUGGGGAGAAGGUGGUGAUCAACGCUAAGCCAAACAAACUUUACAUGGGCCCUGGUCAGCUGUACCAAGACCUGCAGAACCUCAUCCAUGACCUUGGUUUGGUCAACCAGAUAGCUGGUAUGAUUGGCAGCCUCAAAGGGAACUACCAGAAUGUAAACUCCACUGUGGCGCAAGAUUGGGUUUCAGGUCUCCAGAGGCUAAUAUUGAAAAAGGAAGAAGAGAUCAGGGCAGCUGACCGGUGCAGGAUUCAACUCCAGCUGCCUGGCAAAAACGACAAGGCCGGUAAGCUCACAUACUUCAGUGCGGUGUUUAAUACACUCAGCCCAGCCAUCAAGCAGUCAUGGAUCAGUAACCUGCAGAUGGCAAAGUUGGCUCUAGAGGAGGACAACUUGCAGGGCUGGUUCUUUGCAGAUGAUGACAGUAAUCAUAUCAAGAAGCAGAAACACCCCCUCUUGCUUCGACAGAUGCCUGUGGUAAUGUCAAAACUGCAAGAGUUCAAGGUGGAAUGUGCUGUUCACAACCCAGAGCCAUUCAUAAACACAGAAAGCACAGCCGACUCUCCUGUGGUUGGCCACGGAUGUGUCUGGGUUGCAAGUUGCACCAACCAGAUGGGUCAAAUUGCUAUAGUGGCCAUGCAGAACUCCAGCCCUAAAGUGACGGAGUGUUUCAAUGUGGAAUCCCGAAUCCUUUGCAUGGCUUACGUCCCAACAGAGCAACUUAAGGAGGAUGGUGAAAAGCUUCCAGAUAGCAGUUAUGCUCCCCCUGCAAAGGCCAGUGAUACCCCCACUGUCUGCUUAGGCAUGGAGGAGGGCAGUAUCAUUGUGUAUAAGAGCACCCAGCGGUCCAAGAAAAUACGUCUGCAGCACUUCUUCACCCCAGACAAGUCCACAGUCACCAGCCUGGUCUAUAAAAAGCCCUGCCUGUAUGCUGGCCUGGUUAGUGGCGCUGUCGCCAUUUACUCCAGAUCACAAGAUGGUUCUUGGAGCUGUGAGAAGCCCAAGUUACUGAAGCUUGGAGUCCUUCCAGUUAAGGCUGUGCUGGCUGUGGAGGAUCACCUCUGGGCCUCUUCAGGUGGACAAGUUUUCAUCAUCAGCACACACACACAUUGUGUGGAGAGGCAACUGGAGGCCCACCAGGAAGAGGGCAUGGUGGUGUCUCACAUGGUGGUGGCCGGAGUGGGCAUUUGGAUCGCGUUCAGCUCCGGUUCAACUGUACGCCUCUUCCACACUGAGACCUUGGAACACCUGCAGGACAUAAACAUCGCCACAACCGUCAACAAUAUCCUGCCUGGAAACCAGAGAGUCUCUGUGGGCAGUCUGCUAGUUUGCCAUGGUUUGCUACUAGUAGGAACCAACUUGGGAGUGACUGUGGCGCUUUCUGUCCCCAGACUACAAGGAAUCCCCAAAGUAACAGGACGAGGAAUGGUGUCAUUACAUGCACACAAUGGGCCCGUCAAGUUCCUCACCAUGGCUACUGCGGUGCGUAACUGGUCGUCUAGCCUGCCAUCUUCCACUCCUUCCUCCUCACUCCAACAGAUAGAGUCUGUGGACGCAGACAGCACCCAGCCCGUGUCAGACACAGCCUCCAGUCCUCCCCAGGGAAGGGGUGUGUGGCUGGGAGAGGCAGGCUGUACCACCAUGGCUCUUCAGGACUCUCUGUCCUCUUCUUCCUGUGGUUCCUUAGCUCCCUCCCAAGGUUCCCUGGAGCAUGGCCCAGAGGACGGGGCGUUGUACGACUUACUUCAUGACCCCGCCCAUCACCAAAGGGGGCGCCGCUCCAGCAAGAUGGAUGUCAGUUCUCUGCUAGUUGUGUCUGGAGGCCUGGGCCACCGCAGAGUCAACAAAAAGACCAAACAGUCUCGCCAUGAGGACAACACCUCCACCAUCAUGAUCUGGCAAAUCCCGUUACUGAACAUGUGACACCAAAACCCCAAUGGUGUUAGUCUAAAUACCUGAAAACUUCACAAAAUCUUUCUCAUAUUUUCUUUUCAUGUUUUUGCUUUUUUCAUGUUGAACCAAAUGAUCUGCAUACGAUCCUCCGAUGGCGGUCUGCUAACAUUUCACCAAGUAUUUUGAAUCAAUCACAUCAACUAAAUGGCCAAUUUUAUACCAAAAUGUUUGCCUUCUGCUAUAUUACCAAGAUAUUCCAGCCUUGUAAAUGGGUUAUUAGUCAAAUCACUUAAUCACUUCUAAUGUUUAUGCAAACAACUCCUACAAAUGGGUCAAAAAAUCUACUGUGCCUCGCAACAGUAUGUAUACCCCUGGAACUUUUUUCACAUGUUGCCACUUAACAACCACACACUUCAAUGUAUUUAAUUGGACUAUUUAACAAUAGACCAACACAAAGUAUGGGGUUUCAACAUCUUUCAUUAAUGAAAUUCUCUUCAGUUACAGCUGCAAGUCUUUAGUGGUUCGAGUCUGCCAGUUUUUAACAUCUAGACACUGAAACUUAUCAGUUUUUAUUUGCAAAGGUCAAGCUCUGUGUGAUUGGAAGGAACUCAUCUGUUUCUAGCAAUUUCCAAGUCUUGACACAGAUUGGGAAAUUGUUUUUUGUCUGCCUUUGAUUAUGUCAUUCUAGUACAUAAAUGUCCUAAUCAAUCUAAGCCAUUUCAUUAUAGCUCUGACUGCAUGUUUAGGUUCAUUGUUCUGCUGGAAGGUGAACCUCUGCGCCACUCUUAAGUAUUUUGCUCUCUGUGUAUUUAGUCUGAUGCACAGAGUCAGUUUGUGCCUCCACAUAUACUUUUGUGGGACAGAAGGUUAGGUUUUGGUGCUUGCCUUACGGAUUGUUGCAAACUGCAGAGGGUACUUUUUAUGGUUUUCCUGCAACAAUGGUUUUCUAGCUUCUUGUUGCUUUUCCAGAAAGGCUAAAUUUGUGACGUUCGCUACUAACAUUUCUUAUCAACAGAUUAUCUCUAAAACUUCUGGAUCACUGCACCUCCUCCAGAGACGAUUUUUGUUGAAGGCGACGUCUUGCUAAAUUUGCUGCUGUGCCACUCUCUUUCAAUCUUUGGAUGAUGGACUGAGCAGUUUGAGUAAAAGACGAUGAAGUUAGUGGCUGUAAUAAGACGAAAUGUGGAAAAAGUACAAGUACAAUACUUCUGCAAGGCACUGCACUGUAAAAAACGGAAAUUAUCUUGGAAAAAAACUGAAAAGUCUCUAAUUUGAUAUUGUGUUUAUUGUUUAUCUGUGAUGUGGCUAAAUCAUGUUAAUUUUCUCGGGUGUGUGUGCUAGACUGCAGUAUUUAAAUCAGUGUUGAAAGGUAAGGGUUAAGUAAUGACUGGGGCUUGGAGGGUAUGCAAGGUAAGAAUGGAGCUUUGAAACAGCCUCAGCAUGGAUUAGAUCACCCAUCAGGAUCAGAGUUGUAAAUCUGAAGUGUAAUAAAUCAGGAUUAGGUGUCUGAGCUGAGAGAACUUUGACUUUUCUGUAAAGGGAUUUAUAAAAAAUAAGCAAAGUUCUGAUGGUUGAAUUUUUAUAAGAAGGCAUCUGAGCAUCCCUGGCGGGCCAGGUUUCUGUUCACAGAGGACAUGUUAUCACCAAGAAGGUUUCUCUUUUUUUUCUGCCUUAAUGCAUGUUUGUUUCCCAUAUAUUUAAAAAAUGAUAAAAGGAUUUAUACUUUGAAAACACUUGUAUGUACUUAUGUAUAUUAACAAUUCUAUAAACAGUGUUUUAUUAAGCAAACUUUAGUACUUUUGUAAAGUUGUCUUUAAACAGCUUUGAGAAUAUUCCUCCAUUAUGCAUUGAAAUAAUACAUUUUGUUUACAUUCAGUCCUGUGUUAAAACGUGAGGAGAGUUGGCAAGCUGAUUGAAUUAAGAGAUAAACAAAGACCUAAACAGAGGGUCAGUAUUGCUUUUCUUCUUCACUCACUCCAGCCUUGUACUCUACUGUGCUUGUGUGCAGCAAUCAGUACAUGCCAAGACUAGCAAUGUGCCUGAGGGGGCUGCAGGAACUCAGUCUGAUACGGCUCUUCCGGGAUUUCUCCUGCUUCGCAACAGAAGCAGGUCAAGGCUUCCUUUCUCUCAACGCCCACAUUCAAGGUUGCACAACAACCAUGUUUCCUUAAAUUACCUGUUUUGACCAAAAAUAUAAUUUCAAGCUGGAAUCAGUCCCACACUGCAGCCCAAACCAACACAAACUGCUGGGGCAUAUCAUAGUUUUGUAGGGUGGACAUGAACUUAAGAAAACACUGAGCUAAUUCAUUCUCAGUGAACCAAAAGACUAACCCGGUUAUUAGUUUGCCCAGCAUUUCAGAGACUGGAAGGCUUUUUUUGGUUUUCCUUCCAACACUGAGGUUUCCAUGAUGAAAGUCUGUGUGCCCGUAUCAGCGCUCAACAAACCUUUGUUCUCAGCUUCUGACAUUAAGGCUCAUUUUCUUUUUGCCCUCUAAUUCACAGGCCUAAUAGUUGUGUGAUGCUUUCUCUGUAGCUCCUCUAUUUUUAUAUCUGAAGGCCAAUUGUUAAGGUGUUUUCAUGGAGGGUGCCUUAUUAUGGACUCUGGAUGCCUUUAUUUUUGAAGCUCUUGCUGUCAUGAGAUGUUUAUCCUCAAUAAUUUGUGCUGAAGCAAAUAUUUUUCACAAAA